AAGACGCCCAUCAGCACUUGGUCAAAUACCAACCGCCCAUAUGAAGAUCAGAACCGAAAUGAUGAUAGAGAUGAGAGCGAAGACAGCGCUGCGCCUGAAUCGUUGCCAACGCCGCGCAUUAGCCAUUGUCUUCCCACCAUGACGGCAACGUCCGAACAUCUCGAAGCUUUUGCGCUCUUGACCUGGGCUACACCGUACCUCACUUCCCCGAACUGGAUUGCUUGCGACCACCAGCGAGGCACCGAAAAAGGUGAAGAUACGGAUCGAUUUUGCCGCGACACGAUGCGCGCGAAUAAUGGCGUCCGAUACUGGCUAGAGCUCUACGAGAAACCUGCGCCUGGCGCCAAAGUCACAAAAUCCAUAUCUCUGAUCAAAUAUGGUACCGGCUUGAAUGGCUUUCCAGGCAUCUGUCAUGGUGGCGCGCUAUUGACGCUCAUGGAUGAAGCAAUGCUGCACAUCCUUGUCACCAAUACAGUGCUUGAAAACGGCCUUGGCUUUAUGAAAGUUGAGGAAGACUAUUGGAGGCUACAGCUCCAUGAUGGAAAGUCGGCACAAGAGGUGCUCAUGGGCCGAUUAGCGACGGCAACAAUGGACGUGAAACUCCUGGCGCCGGUGCUUUGCCCAGGUGUUGUCGGCAUUGAGACGGAGGUACUUGAAGACAGAGUCACCAAGAUGAGGACGAAAGCUACGAUGAGGGAUCGACAGGGCAAGCCGUUACUCAAAGUGGAAGGACUACCUUUAAUCUAUUGGUCCUUCCUGCAACGGCAAACCUCCGGGACCAGUACCUGUAUUGACGAGUUCUCAUCACAAGUCAAGAUGUAUGUAUCCUUCCUGACGUCUGUUUGUGCUCUCUCCACGCUACUUCCUCUAGCCAUCGCCCAAACCUCUGGGACGUUCAAUACUCUUACGUUCAAUGUCGCUGGCCUACCUGCCUUUCUAAACGGCAACGAUGUUCCUGGAGAUAAGGAGACCAACACCGCCCGCAUCGGCCAGCUGUUCUCUAAAUAUGACAUCUCUGUCAUCAACGUUCAAGAGGACUUCAACUACCAUGCUACGCUCUACGCCAAUGAUGACCAUCCUUAUAGAACAGCUACAAGCGGGGGAGUGCCCUUUGGUAGCGGCUUGAACACUCUGAGCAAUUAUCCUUUUACAGGCUUUCAGAGAGUCAAGUGGAACACAUGCAGUACUUUUGAUAGUGCAGACUGUCUCACACCAAAAGGCUUCACUUUCAUGCGCGUUAAGCUGGCUGAAGGCGCAGUGGUGGACAUGUACAACCUACACGCCGAUGCUGGUACCACUGCCGCGGACAAUACGGCCCGCGCGGCGAACCUCCGCCAGGUAUCCGACUACAUCAAAACCAACUCAGUCGGCAAUGCAGUGGUCGUCUUCGGCGACUCAAACUCGCGAUACACGCGCACCGACGACAUUCCUGACGUGUUCAAGACCGAGAAUGGUAUGACAGAUGUUUGGCUGCAGCUUGUCCGCAACGGUGUUGCGCCCGCGAAAGGUGCUGAUGCUCUGCUCUGCUCGAACCCGUCCACUACCAACACAUGCGAAAUCGUCGACAAAACCUGGUACCGUGGAUCUUCUGCGUUGAUACUUACGGCAAAGACCUUCGACUAUGCAGGUCACAUGUUUCUCCAAGAGAACGGCGACCUGCUUAGUGACCAUAACGGUGUGCUCGUGGACUUUUCCUGGAGUCUGGUCAACAGCGUCGCAGUCUCCGAUGUCUUUGGCGGCGAAGAAGGUACGUGGUACAAUGAUCUGAGCACCGUCGCCGGUCUUGCCGGCCCAAAAGUUUCUUCAAUUACGCUUCGUGGUGCGGAGCGCGUGGAUGCAGUUUCCAUGACUCUGGCUUCUGGACAGACGCUUUCGCAUGGUGGGACUGGUGGCACAGCGACUACUUUGACUUUGGCUACUGGAGAGACGCUUACUUCUGCGCAGCUGUGUCAGGGUCAGAAGGACGGUAAGACCAGAAUCUUCUAUGCGCAGUUUACUACUAGCGCUGGGAAGACGAUAUCUGCUGGUGUCAAGACCAGCGACUGUGUGACGCGAACCGCCGAUACUGGCCUCAGCAUUGUCGGUUUCCUUGGUCGUUCAGGCGGCGAAGUCGACCAGUUAGGUUUCAUCUACUCCAAAGCUUAG